AUUCCAAUCAUACAUCCAAACUGGAGACCAAAACCAGCAAGUGACCAUACCACGACGACCAGGACUACGAGACGAAAAGAUCACCGUCGAGAUCGCCGCCAACCGCCGCCGCACGCGCCGCCGGAAGGAAGCAGUUGCUGGAACUUGUCGUCGCGCGUGAGAGCGCGUGAGAAGGCCGUUUUCCGACCGGUCAACGCCGUUGACUUCGCCGUCACGUCAGCUUUCUGGAUUGGUCAACAGUCUCCUGAUCGAGAAUCAAUUUCAAGAAUGAUCAAAGUGCCCGAUCCAUGCGAAACCAAGCAGCAUUUCAUCAUGUCGUUUAAUAAGAUGAGUCCGAGUAUGAAUGGAGACCCGUCAAAUGGGGAAAACCACAUAGCCCAACUUCACGCGGUCCCCGGAUUCACCUACUUUGUUGACGGAAGUCCUCAUAAGGCAAAAACAGAAGGCGUAAGGCAUUAUUCAUCUUCACUGAAUAAGUCAUGUGAUUCAAAUGAAAUCAGGAAUGGUGGUGUGCAUUUGCCUCCUAUAUUUGACGAGGAAUUAGAUGAGAGUUCUGUGGCGGCUUUAUCGGCUGCUGCCUUGAAGAAGGCGGUUGAGCAGGCUGAGGAAAGCAUAAAAAUUGCAAAAAUGAUUAUGGAGAGGAAAAAAGAACGUUUUAUGGAUGGUUCUUUGGAAAGUAGGUCCAAGCAUCGUUUGACAAAGGAAUGGAAGAAAAUUAGGGUCGAAACUGGGGCCGAGGGGAUGAGGGAAAAUGGUGGGGCAAUUAAAGGUGGAUUGAACAAAAGGGGUGACUCGGAAGUUGCAGGGAAAAAAGUUGAGGUGAGUGACGCAUGUGCUAGAGACGAGACUGGUUUUAAAGGAUUAGUGGGUAAUGCAGAAUGUGAGGAAGCAAAACCUGGCGUGGAACAUUGCGAGUCAAGUGUUGGUCGAGUGGAAAAUGCUGGUAAGUGUGAGAAGGAAUUUUUGGAGCAUGAUGAAAUGGCUUAUGGUGAACAUUUAAAAGAGGUUAAUGGUGAUUUGUUGAAUAAGUUGGGAAGUUCGGUUGAGGAACAUGUUGCGGAGCAAGGAAACAGGGAGAAUAAUUAUGGAAGUGGCCUUGAGAUGAAGGGGGAUAGCCCACACAGAAAAAGUGCUGAGGAAGAACUAGGAAAGAUGGAGCCUGAAAUUUCUCGGGGAAUUGGGAAACAGGUAGAUAAAGUUCAUGAGGUAGAAACUGAUGAGAAGAAACCAAGUUUUGAACAUGAUGGACAAAAAUUAUGCGAAGAAUACAUGCAAGAUAUACAAAUCGAAGAAAAAGAAAAUUCCAAUGCUCAGAAUAGUAAAAUUUCUUUGGAUAGUGAAGAAACUGAUAACACGGGCGACGAAAAUCGUGAUACGUUGAAGUUUCAGGUUAAUGACGAGGUUGUUGAUGAUUCCCAUUGUAAUAAUUCUGGCUUCAAUGAAACUCAUAGCAGUGAUACUAUGACUAUAUCCAGCGACUCCAGUGAGCAAUCUGAUGUUGACUCAAAUAACGAAGCUGAAGAAAAUCAACCCGAUGGUCCUUCAUUGGGUAGCAAGACAGAAAAUACUGGUCUAAUGAAUGGACAUGAGGAGCAUAUCAGAACAUCUGCUGUUUUUGACCAAACAUUUGGAAAGGAAGGACCUUUAGGGAAUAAAGAGGAGCCAGUAAUGGCUCACGAGCCUCGAGAAAGUGAAGAAAACACAAACGGCAUCACCUCAAGCGAGGAAGAACUUAAAAACAUCAAGGAACAAUAUGAUGCUGAUCAAAACUCGGAAAACAAUGAAAGGAUUUCUAAAGAGAAGAAAGAUCCAAAAGCAAAUGAGGGAACAUUCCAGGUGGAUGAUCGGCAGCAAAGAAUCGAGGCCAUCAAGAGAGGCAGAGAGCGGGAAAAAGACAGAAUAGCCGUUGAGAGAGCAAUCAGAGAAGCCCGGGAAAGGGCAUUUGCGGAGGCCCGAGAACGGGCAGAAAGAGGGAGGGCCGCCCGAGAAAGAGAUAAGGCGGCUGAGGGACGGGAGAAGCCUGCAGACAAGAUGUUGGCAGCUGAGGCCAAGAUCCGGGUUGAACGGGCCGCAGUGGAACGGGCAACAACCGAGGCCCGUGAGCGGGCUUUGGAGAAAGCGAGGUCUCAUAAAACUAGUGCAGGGACGAGAGCACAGGCUGAGAGGUGCCCUAAGGUGAGGUUUUCUUGUUCUUCUAGAAGUAAUGGGCUGAAGCAUAGUUUUUCAUCCUCUGUGAGUGAUUUGGAGAAAGCUGAUGGAAAUAGUAGUGAAUCAGCACAGAGGCGUAAGGCGAGGUUAGAGAGGCAUCAGAGGACAAUGGAGAGAGCGGCGAAGGCCCUUGCGGAGAAAAAUAUGCGUGAUUUUCUUGCCCAGAAAGAGCAGGCUGAGAGAAAUAGACUAGCUGAAUCUCUGGAUGCUGAUAUUAGAAGAUGGGUGACUGGGAAGGAAGGCAACUUGCGUGCACUACUCUCGACUCUGCAAUAUAUCCUAGGACCGGACAGUGGAUGGCAGUCAGUAUCCUUGACUGAGAUCAUAACAACUGCUGCUGUUAAAAAAGCUUACAGAAAGGCCACUCUCUGUGUACAUCCUGAUAAAUUGCAGCAAAGAGGAGCCAACAUUCACCAAAAAUACAUUUGUGAAAAGGUCUUUGACCUUCUCAAGGCGGCAUGGAAUAGGUUUGACUCGGAGGAAAGAUGA